AUGUCUGAUCAAGAGAAUUCGCAACAGCCUGCUCAGGACGUCGCCAUCCCAGUAGAAUAUUCUUCUGAUAAUGGCGCAAAAGAUAAAGAGGAGGAAUUGAAAAGUGGCUCUUCUAAUUUAGUUGAAAAAAGCGCUAUAAUUGAUGAUCUUCCAUCAUAUGAGCAUGCAACGACCGAUGCUACUCCGGCAUAUUCAGUAUCUGAUCCUUCUCACAAACAACCUGAUUCCUCAGCCGUUGCUUCAACACCGCAACGAAGGGGUACUUCUAGACGUGCUAGAUGUUGCUGUCUUAUUUCAUCGUUAAUAGCAAUAUCAAUUAUAUUAGCAGUAAUUUCCAAAACAAAUAGCAAUAUAUGCAAUAAUCUUAACGCAGGAACUGCUAUUCCUAAUAUUUCAUCUUAUGAUCCAAAUGUUUUUACUUCAUUUACUAUUGAUUCAUCCGAUACUGCUGUUCAGAAUGGUGGCUCUUUGAGUCUUCGGACAUAUCAAAAUCCUUCUCCUGAUGUAACAAAUGUCACAAUAAAUACCCGUGUUGCUUCUCCUAAGCAAGGAAACGUAUAUGUUACUGAUGACCCUUCAAAUUCCAAUUACAAAUUGACAUUUAAAUCAAUUUCAACCGAUUCCUUUAAUCUCUUUGGCCCGCCUAACUCUUGUUUCCGUGCACUUGUAGACCUAAUCAUACCACAACAAUCAAAUUCUUCCAUGGUUAUUGGAGUUGAUAACUUUGAUGUUAUUCUUGGGAAUUUUUCUUAUCAAUUUAUCAGCGUUCGUACGACUACUGGAGAUAUUCAUCUUAAUAGAUUUAACGUUACAAGCGCAACUUUAUAUUCGGAACAAGCUUCUAUCCAUGGAAGAAUAACAUCUCUUUCAAAUACUCUCAUCGUCAAUCAAACUUCUAACGGUGAUAUCAACUUAACUAUUAAUAUUGCAAACGCUACCAGUCCCAAAAUCUAUGUAAACGCAAAUCGCGGUAGGGUGAGAUUACGUAUGAACAAGACUUUUGCUGGAACAUAUAAUGUAAUGACAAGUGGUAAGGUGCUGUUUAGCACAAAUAGGAGAAAAACCCCUUUACCAUCACAAGGUUCAUUUGGUAAUGGUACUGCGUUAUUGGAAGUGAUAUCUAAUCAUGACGUUAUAGUUGGCUUCUAA